AUGGAUGCUGCUGCUGAGGUUCCCCAAGGCCAAGAGGCUGAUCCCAUUCCCAGCUCGCCGCAUGUGGAUGUCAGUAGCCUGCGCCGUUCUGUACUGUUGGCCGGCCCGGUGUCCGAGGUGCUCCGCGAUGACAACCUCCUAAUCGAGAUCCUCGUCCGCCUCCCUCCCAAGCCAUCCUCGCUGCCCCGCGCGUCCGCCGUAUGCAAGCGCUGGGGCAGCAUCCUCUCCGACCCCCACUUCCGCAAACGCUUCCGCAAGCACCACCGGAAACCUCCUCUGCUCGGCUUCUUCAGAGGGUAUGCUAAAAACUUCAUUCCUGCCAUGGACUCACCUGACCACAUCCCUGCUGCCCGCUUCUCCCUGCCCAAGAGCAGAAUACCCUACCAGGAAGAUGAAGCAUACAUGGGCUGCCGCCAUGGCCUCUCUCUCCUAAUCAACAUGCAUAAGGGCGAGACUGUCGUGUGGGAUCCCCUCACCGGUGAAGAGCGCAUCGUGGCUUUUCCACCAGGGUUCAACAGUGCCUCAAUGGGGAGUUACUGUGGCUGGCAUGGCACUGUAUUGUGCGUCGAUGCCGAAGAUGGGCAUGUCCACGGAGAUUGUUUCUCGAGCCCAUUUAAAUUGGUUUUGGUUUGCGCUGAGUACAAUCAACCGGCAUUUUGUUCUGUCUACGACUCGGCGUCUGGUGUUUGGGGAGAUAUUUUCUCGACGAUGACGAUAACAGCUGGAGUGUCUAGAUUAAGAAGGCCCAGCACCCUUGUCGGGAAUGCACUUUACUUGUUGAUUUCUGGAGGUGAUGUCCUUGUGUUUGAUUUCAAAAUGCAAAGUCUUGGUCUGCUCGAAAAGCCGGUAGAAAACCAUGAAAACCAUUCCACUCGAGGGUACGGUUCCAAGGAGAAUGGAUUGUGCACUUUUCGUCGGGUAUGA